AUGGACGGUGAUGUUGCAGUUGGAGUAAAGAGAAGCUCAGAUGAGUUGUUGUCUGGCAGUCUUUACAACAGUCCAAAUUCUUCCGUUACUGCAAAUGGAAGCGACAGCAAAAAACUGAGGGUGGAGGACAGCAUGGAUAGUCCACCCUCCAGGGUCAUCCACAUUCGGAAACUUCCAAAUGAAGUCUCUGAGACAGAAGUUAUUGCUUUGGGCUUGCCUUUUGGGAAGGUCACCAAUAUCUUGAUGCUGAAAGGCAAAAACCAGGCAUUCUUGGAGUUAGGAACGGAAGAGGCGGCAGUUACCAUGGUGAACUACUACACCGCAGUAACCCCUCAAGUGCGUAACGUUCCAGUGUUUAUCCAGUACUCAAACCACAAAGAGCUCAAGACCGACAGCGCGCUUAAUCAGCGUGCACAGGCUGUGCUGCAAGCGGUGUCUGCUGUUCAGGAAGGUGGCUCUCCAAAUUCAGACACAGCGGCCAGUGAGAGUGUGUUAACGCCCGCCCCUAGCCCAGUGCUCCGAAUAAUCAUUGACAACAUGUUCUAUCCAGUCACUCUGGAUGUGCUUCAGCAGAUAUUUUCCAAGUUUGGGACGGUCAUGAAGAUCAUCACUUUCACCAAAAACAAUCAGUUUCAAGCUCUGCUGCAGUUCAGUGACCCAGUGAAUGCACAGCAAGCUAAACUGUCUCUGGAUGGUCAGAACAUCUACAAUUCGUGCUGCACUCUGCGCAUUGACUUCUCUAAGUUGGUCAACUUGAAUGUGAAGUACAACAAUGAUAAAAGCCGAGACUACACCCGACCAGAGCUGCCAGCUGGCGACGGGCAGCCGGCUGUAGACCCAGCUGUGGCUGCCGCCCUCAACUCUGAUAACACGUUUUCCAUAAGUACUCAAUCUGGAAAGUUGGAUUCCUACUGUAGUGGUGGAGGCUUUCCGUUUUCUCUUUAUCUCUCGCAGGGCAGAGGUGCCAUCAGCCCACUGAGUGCAGCGGCUGCUGCAGCAGCGGCCGCGGGGAGGGUGGCCUUGUCCGGGCAUUCAGGCACCACUGGCGUGCUCCUGGUCAGCAACCUGAACGAAGAGAUGGUUACGCCCCAAAGUCUGUUUACCCUCUUCGGUGUCUACGGUGAUGCUCAGCGCGUGAAGAUACUCUACAAUAAGAAGGACAGUGCUCUCAUCCAGAUGGCUGAUGGGAAUCAGGCUCAACUAGCUAUGAGUCACCUGAACGGUCAGAAGAUGUAUGGGAAGAUCAUCCGCGUGACCCUGUCCAAACAUCAGACAGUGCAGUUGCCAAGAGAAGGGCUGGACGACCAGGGGCUCACCAAGGAUUUCACUAACUCUCCCCUUCACCGCUUUAAAAAGCCUGGCUCCAAGAACUUCCAGAACAUCUUCCCUCCGUCUGCCACCCUUCACCUCUCCAACAUCCCCACCGACGUGACUGAAGAGGACCUGCGUCUCCUGUUCUCAAACUCCGGCGGCACUGUGAAAGCCUUCAAGUUUUUUCAAGAUCGUAAAAUGGCGCUCCUGCAGAUGGCCACAGUGGAAGAGGCCAUUCAGGCCCUCAUCGAUCUCCACAACUACGACAUGGGGGACGGCCACCGCCUCAGGGUGUCCUUCUCCAAAUCCACCAUCUGAACAUGUCUCACUCUUUACGCCCUUGUGUGAUGUUCACCUCCUCAUGCUCCCCUCUCUCCCCUGGGGAGCUUACAGUGAAAUUCUUUUGUACAGUCAUUCCUUAAAUCCAUAUCGAAAGCAAGUGACAUAGGUGAGAACGUGUUGGGCUCACUAAUUUUUUGAAGAACUGCUCCCGAACCUCCUCCCAUUAUAUGUGUGUGUGUUAGGCAAGCCGUUUCCCCUCUGUCUCACAUUACUGAAGUAGAUCCCUCUUUUUAGUAUGGAUUGACAAAAUGUGCCUUACACAGCAAAAUAGUGUCAUCAUUUUGCUCAUUCAUAAUUAUACAGGUUGUAGAAGUAUAGGCACAUUAGGUUUGAUGGUGUAAGGAAUGUCUCUAACCCUUGCCCCCCCCCCCCCCC